AGAUCCAUUCACUUCAUCACCAAUAAUGGUGCAGUCCAGCAGAAUCAAAGGCACAAAGAGAAAGUUGCCAAUGAUUGACAGCUCGGGGGAGUCGUCUCCGGCUCCCAAGUUCAGGCGCUCAGUCAGUGUUCAGGCCAAUAGGAGUCACUCUUACAUGGACUCCAUAGAUGGUGUGUACUCCAACAGAGUGAUCCUCUCAGACAUCAUGCAUGUGCUGCCGCCCCACUCCAAACUCCAGAGCAGUCUCUCUGUGUCUGUAGAGAUACCCUCUUCUUUUGCUGAUGAUCUUCACACAUCGUCCAAUGUGGCAUCACUCCCCACAGAGGUUCCUCACAUGUUCUCAGAGGUUCCUUCUGGUUCCACUGAGGUUCCCUCAAAGUCAAAAGAAAUGGCAUCUGUCUUCACUGCAGUUCCGUCUGUUUCUCCAAGCAUUCCAUCACAAUACGCUGAGAUGUUCUCUGAUGUUCCAUGCCAGUCUACUACAGUUCCCUCCCUUUCCAAAGACUUUUCAUCCAUGUUCUCCGAAGUUCCGCCAGGAUUUACAAGUUUUACUUCGCGGUCAGUGGAUAGUGUUCCAUCACUCUGCACAGAUAUAUCGGCCAUGUUCUCAGAGUUUCUGUCUGCAGAGAUUCCGCCGAUGUUCAGCAAGGUUCCGUCAGUGGCUACUAGUGCUCCAUCCGUGUCAGCAGAGAUUCCAUCAGUCUUCCCUAAAGUUCCGUCUUGUUCUACCAGUGUUCCCUCCGAGUCGGCUGAACUUACAUCAGUAGAACAAGCCCUGUCUCUCCUCAUGGAACCGGAGACACACAACCCCAUAGAGAACCAUGCAAAGAGGUGUGAGGACGACCCUCUAGACCUCAUAGACUCCAGUCUGGCUGCUAUAAGCUGCUCAGUAGCGCCCUCCGAUGGCCUGGACCUGCUCUCAGUGUUCUUAGGCCCUGUUGAGGAUGCACCAGACCACAGUGCCACUAGCUCACAAAUAGCAGAGAGGAAACUGGGGGCCCUGCCAAGGGAAGAGACAACUCACCACACACGCACAGUGUCUGAGGCUGUUCCCAUGGCUGCGUUAGUGGGGUAUUGUGGUGAUGAGGAUGACGAUGAUGAAGAUGUGGGUGAAGGUUCAGACAUUCUGCCCUCCCUUCUCCAGCUGGCACAGGAGGCUUCUGCUCUCAGCAUGCCCAUCUCUGUACCACACGCACCCUGCGUGCCCACAUCGCAUGCCCUUUAACUACCCCUGACACACACACACACUCACACACACACACUCUCUCACACACACACACACACACACACACACACACACAUACACACACACAUACUCUCACACACACACACACACACACACACACGCACAUACUCUCACACACACACACACGCACACGCACAUACUCUCACACGCACACACACACAUACAAACACACACACACACACACACACAUACAAGCACACGCGCACUAGAAGCAUUAGAAAAAGGAGGCUGAACUAGGACUAGAGAGGAGAGACGUCAUCAUUGCUGAGCUGAUACUGUUAGGUUGUUUUAGGUUUAAGAAAGUUGAUCUUCAACAAUAUUAAAAUUCAGUGAUUAUAUUUAUAGCUGCCUUUUGAUAUACUACAAUUGAUAUUCCAUUUACAAAGAGAUUUGGACACUUCAUGACUACUUUCAUUUAAAUUCAAAUGCAUUCAUGUAAAUAUAUCAAACUGCAUAAAUGUUUCAUGUGAUUAUGAAAUAAUGGUGUUGGAGAAGCACUGAAGUGUAUUUUAAUUUUAAUACUGCAGCAGAAAAACAUCAUAGAGAUGAUAAAUAUUAGUCAGACACAUCAUGCUCUCCCUAAACUCUGUAAAGCCUUUGUCAGUUUAUCUUGUCGCCAGACUCAACAUAAAGACAAUAGCUCCAGAAUAGCUCUGCGAUGCGUGAUAUUAUCCUGUAGCCAUAAAGACCACAGUAGCUCCAGAAUAGCUCUGCGAUGCGUGAUAUUAUCCUGUCGCCAUAACGACCACAAUAGUUCCAGAAUAGCCCUACGAUGCGUGAUAGCUCCAGAAUAGCCCUCCGAUGCGUGAUAUUAUCCUGUUGCCAUAACGACCACAAUAGCUCCAGAACAGCCCUAUGAUGCAUGAUAGCUCCAAAUAACAUAACGUGUUUUGGAGAAAAGCUCUUCAGAUAUGAUAUAUUUUGAUGUGUGCAUCAUAUACCCAGAUGUAAACCUUUGAAUAGCUCCAGACUCCACAAGAGCCUUUAUAGAUAUAAUAUACUGUAGGCACUGCAAAGAGAAAUGGCACACAAAGCAGUGUGAGAAGACUGCACACACGCACACACACACGCACACACACGCACACACGCACACACACAUGCACACACACGCACAUAGAGUACUCCUGGGAGGAUGGGCUCUCCCACAUCCUGUUUUCUGGUGUGGGCUGUUGUAUACCACGACAAGCCAAAAAGAGUUCACAACCAGAGAGAAACACCUGCGCUUGUCCUAAUUUAAGCUUCACUGACAAAUCGACUUAUCAAACAACAAACACCAAAAAACGACAUUUCUUCCAAAGUUUGUCUGUAGAACUCAUACACUCUAUCCUGCGAUGGCAAGGCAGUGACCCAUGUUGUUUCUCUGAGGGGCCAGAGGCCCAGUAGCGGUCAGUGUAUGCUCAGUAAUCUGCAUGCAGGUUGUUAUAUGUUUGACAACGUGUCGGACACACCAGCCCGGUCCGCUGCAGACCCAGAGCGCCCAGGUGCACCCCAGACAGCAGGCUCCAGGUGUCUCUCUCCAGUUCGCCUCGCGAGUGCAGACUUAGCAACUGCAGGAAGCCUGUGAGAACAUCAAAGGCCGGAUGGAUUCUGUUCCUCAGAUGCACUUUAGCUGUGUUUGUGUGUCGUAUGCAAUGACUGCAUAUAGAUAGACGGCACAUCCUCCAUCAAAAAUAACUGAAUGGAGCCCUGCUGUUCAUCUAUAUAUACAGUGUCAUUGGUGCCUCGUGUGCAAUAACUUAUGUUACAUCAGGUGGUGAUAGUUGAUCUAUUUCUAUGCAGUGCUGCUGUUGUUCAACCACCUGGUAAAUGAAUACCCAUAAUCCUUUGCGUUCUGUAGGUGCGUGCUUGGACUGUGUAAAAAUAGCCACCCUGCUCUUUUCCUCUGUGAAAUGAUCUUGAUUUUAAAAUGUCUUACUGCAGGACUGAAGGCCUGUCCCAACGCUAGGUCGGUGGUGUUCUGUUUCUAUGAUGAAGCAACACAGGAAACCAUCUACCCGCAAACACGCACCACAGCGCUGCGCAGAACAAAAGGCGAGAGAAGGCAGAGAGUAAGAGCAGUUAAACACCCUGAAGAGCUAGCGAGCUGACGAGCGUGCAGGACGACGAGCGGAGAGCGCACGGCAGAUGACCAGGAUGCUCCCGUUACUCCAUCUCCUGCUUGUCCUGCCCUGGAGUGUGUGUGCAUCCGCUCCGCCGACAGGUGCGCCAGAGGUGAGCUGCUAUGUUGUGAACCUGGACUACAUAAACUGCACAUGGAACCAACCCAAAGCUCCUGAUCUCAGCUACACCCUCUUCGCAAAUUAUACAGGUUAUGCUCUGGUGGAGUGUCCUCAGUACCUGGUGGGUGAUAAGGGCCUGAGGGUGGGCUGCAGAUUGCCCUAUUCCGAGCCUGAGCGCUUCCAAACGCUUGAGACGUCACUGAGACGGUCAGGAAACCUUUCAAUCCACAAGCAACACAAACUCAAGGACACAGUAAAACUGAACCCCCCCACCAACUUGAAGCUGCGGUGGAGACAGAAGGCUCUCUCACUAAGCUGGGACGUCCGCGCCGGCUACAAGCGCUUCGAAUGCAUUGAGAGCAGGGUUCAGUAUGGCCUCAACGACAAGUGGCUGAGCCCCACUAAGCUGAGUCCUGGAGAGAAGUCUUUCCUCAUGGAGUACCCCUCCAACAGCAGUACGCACACGUUCCGCGUGCAGGUGCGCAUUCACGGCUGUGGCUCGUCUGAAUGGAGCGAGUGGAGCCCUGUGGUGGUGUGGGGGAAUCGCACAGAUAGCAAGCGUGCACCCCCUGCUAUGUCAUGGGUGUCUUUGAUGCUGUACAUGUCUGUAGCUGCAGUGAUCCUCAUCCUGCUCACAUGCCUGUUAGUUCACAAUGAGAGACUGCGGGUCACCCUCAUCCCUGUGGUACCCAACCCUGGGAAGAACUUGACUGAGCUCAUAGACACGUACAACGGAAACGUGGAGAAGUGGCUGCGCAUCUCCAAAGAGCUGCAGGAGGGCUUCAAGCCCACGUUUACGGAGCGGCCGUACGCGGUGCGGGAGUACCGGCUAGUGGGGCAGUCCAGUGUGGAGAGCGACAGUGGGGUAUCUCUCUCCUCCUCCUCCACCUCCUCCUCCUCCACCACCUCCUCCUCCACCUCCUUCUCCACACUGCCCCACAGCUCCACCUCUUCAACGGAUGGAUCCUGCUGAACACGCCCCAACCUGUCACAGACUGGCUACUGUGAACAUGCUCCAAACAUCCCCAAUCUGCCGAUCCUGCUGAACAUGCCCCAAAUAUCAUGAGGAAUUGGAUCAGCAACCUCCAACUCCACCCUGACCACACCCCAAACAACCUCCAACUCCACCCUGACCCAAACAACCUCCAACUCCACCCUGACCACACCCCAAACAACCUCCAACUCCACCCUGACCACACCCCAUAACCACACCCCAUACAGCCUCCAUCUCUGCCCUAACCUACAAACUCGUCAAAGUACUUACCUAUCUGUUAACUCAGGGAGAAUAUUGGCCCCAGCUGUGGCGCAACUGGCUGGGGCACCUGCACUGUCACGCCCGGCUGACCGGGUU